CUACUCCGUACUCUGUAUCUUACGACUAGUUGCCGGAUGCAGGUAAAUGCUCUCAUGGCCGACAGUAGCGUGUCUUAGCAGUCGCUUCGCCCUAGACAGAGACGCUGAAGCCCCGUAUCCUCCCCACAACGGCCUGUAAUGCAAACGGCGUCCCUGACAGGUGAGACAGCGGCGAAUACAGUGUUGAUUCCGUCUCGUCUCGAAUCCAUUCAAUUGGUAAUGGCACCAACAAUGGCCGACUUGACUUGUCAUGUCCUGAGCUAGUACUCGUAGAAGAACAAUCGCCGUUGUGGCGGUGGAGUGGUCGGUACAUGUACAGUACAGUACUUGAGAAAUCUCCUGCUACCAACGGAGUUCCCCGUUCCUGUGCUGGUACCGUUUGAAGCCAAGAUCGACGUCACUGUCCAGCUCCAACUUCAACGUCAACAACACCACGAAACUUGAAGCUUCAAGGCGUCAAUCAAUCACAGCCUGUGACAUAUUAUCAAGUUCAACAUGACCUUUUCAAAAGAGAUUCACACCUUUCACUCUGGAAAACCCCAGCCGCAAUCCUCAGGGUCGCACACCUUCCAGUCUCUCGAUCCCAGCACCGCCAAACCACUGGCGACAAUCUACACCACAACACCCUCGCAGCUCAAUGACGCUGUUUCUUCUGCUCACAAGGCUUUCCCAACAUGGUCGCAGACACCCGCUCCCAAACGCGCUGCCAUCCUCCUCCGCGCUGCCGCCAUCCUGAGGGAGCGAAACGAUGCGCUCGCCCGCACGGAGAUGCUGGACACGGGCAAGGCUUGGUCCGAGACUUCGACCGUUGAUGUGGUGACUGGGGCCGAUGUCCUCGAGUACUACGCACACUUUAUUGCCAAUAGCCAGCCCGGACAGCACACUACCCUGCGGCCAGAUGCCUACGUCCUCACCAGCCACGAGCCUCUAGGAGUUUGCGCGGGCAUUGGCGCCUGGAACUACCCCAUUCAGAUUGCUCUGUGGAAGUCUGCUGCCUGUCUCGCGGCCGGAAAUUGCAUGGUCUACAAGCCAAGUGAAGUGACGCCUCUUCACGGAAACACAUUGGCCGAAAUCUACGUCGAAGCCGGUCUGCCACCUGGAGUGUUCAACGUCGUCUACGGUGACGGCGCCAGCGUGGGAGCUCCCCUCGUCGCCCACGAAGGCAUCGCCAAAGUCAGUUUCACAGGCCAGGUCAGCACAGGCAGCAAGGUAGCCAGCGAGGCUGCCAAGGGCAUGAAGGGCAUCACCAUGGAGCUUGGUGGUAAGAGCCCGCUCGUCGUCCUCCCCGAUGCCGACGUCGACGAAGCAGCCGACAUUGCCAUGGCAGCCAACUUCUUUUCCACCGGCCAAGUCUGCACAAAUGGCACCCGCGUCUUUGUCCCCGAUACACUGUUGCCACGCGUGGAAGAGGCUCUCGUCAAACGUUGUCGCGAGGGCAUUCGCAUGGGUUUGCCCCAGGACGAAACGACGAACUACGGCCCCGUCGUCAGCGCUGCUCAGCGGGACAAGGUCAACAUGUACAUCCGCCACGGCAAAGAAACCGACAAGGCCAAGGUCUUAUACGACGGUGCCGUCGACGCGCAGAAGAACAAGCCGACACCCGACGGAUACUGGGUCCCGCCAGUCAUCUUUACCAACUGUACCGACGAUAUGCGCAUCGUUCGCGAAGAAAUAUUUGGCCCCGUCAUGGCUGUCCUACCAUACAAGACACAAGGCAAAUCCCAAGAGGAGUGGCUCCCCGAGCUCAUUCGCCGCGCAAACGACACCAAGAUGGGUCUUGCAGCUGGCGUCGUUGCUACAGACCUGAGUUUGGCGCAAAAUGUUAUUCGAGAAUUGCAAGCUGGCAUUACCUGGAUCAAUACUUGGGGAGAGUCUCCGGCCGAGAUGCCUGUAGGUGGAUGGAAAAUGAGUGGCGUUGGCGUAGAAAAUGGAUUCGAAGGCAUCAUGGCGUAUAUGCGGGUCAAGAGCACCUUGGUUCAACUGGGCAAGGGGGCAACAAAGGGUCUGUUUGCCAAGCUGUAAUCUGAUCUUGGGAAUCACUUUAGAGACGGCGUCAUCACGGGCCAAGGAUGUAAAAAAUGGGAGCACAUAGCAAUACAUUAGACAAGCGAUUCUGUUACAACCCG